AUGCCGAUUUUGGUGUGGUGCGCCUUCGAGAAGUCUUCUAGAAGAGGUUUGGGGUUUGGGGAUCGCAGCGACGAUGGGUUCAGAUUGCGGCUAGCAGACUUUUUCUUCCUGUAUAGGCCAAUGACGGAAGAAGAUUUUGAUCUCCAGAUCGGUGCCCGAUGGACUCUUUUUCUUGUUGUUGUUACGAGAAGGAAAAGCUUGCUAUCUCGGCCUUGGUAUAGCAACACAACACAUCUGUGGCUGUUUGUGCAUCGAGGCCAACUCUCCAGCAUUAAGACUGAGCAGCCGUUUAACGAGGCUAGCGUGUAUCUUUGCGCGGCGAGAUUCCGUCGAAUGCGGGAUUCCAGCACACAGAAUUCCGCAUACCAGAUGAACUAUUUGGUGUAUUCCGGAAGAGCUAGGAGUCACAUGAUGGCAAUGACUUUUCCUGGUGCGGCGUACCUCGAAUACGCGCUAUCCCGAGCUCACAACCAAUGA